AGUUCUUCCUGUUCUCUGUCACAUCCAGCCGUUCAGUACACAAGCCUCAGUCCGGAGAAAAGCAGGGAAAUCUCCAGUGUUUGGAAGAGUAUGGAAGAAAUUCAGCCGCCGAGGCCUGGUCAGAUAAACGGCAGUGUAACCAGAAAGAGAGAAGACUACCUGGAAUGGCCGGAGUACUUUAUGGCUGUUGCCUUUCUGUCAGCCCAAAGAAGCAAAGACCCAAGCUCACAGGUCGGGGCGUGUAUAGUGAACCAGGAGAAUAAGAUAGUUGGCAUUGGUUACAAUGGUAUGCCCAAUGGAUGUGAUGAUGACCUGCUGCCAUGGGCACGUGUUGCUGAUGACCGACUUGAAACUAAAUACCCGUAUGUGUGCCAUGCAGAGCUGAAUGCCAUUAUGAACAAGAACAGUGCUGAUGUGAAAGGCUGCACCAUGUAUGUGGCUUUGUUCCCCUGCAACGAGUGCGCCAAGCUCAUCAUCCAGGCAGGUAUUAAGGAAGUGGUCUAUCUUUCUGACAAGUACCAUGACACGCCGGAGAUGACUGCCUCCAGAAGACUGCUCAGCCUGGCAGGCGUACAGCACAGGCAGUUCAAGCCCAGGAAGAUUGAGAUUGUCAUUGAUUUUAAUUCCAUUAACCACCCUGGAAUGCUGAACAGCGCAACCAAGUGAAAAUGCAAACGGCUCACCUUGGGGAGCCGCAGAACGAAGCGGGGAGGCAGAGGAAGACUGACGAGAUUGAAAGGGACUUUGAUGCCUCUUUUCUGUAUGUCUUCUUGCCCCCUGCUUUGUCCAAAGGAAAACUCAAGGAUACCUCGACUUUGGCGUCCUUUGAUAUUUUGAUUUAACGGGAUAUUCAAGAUAGUUUAAUCUGAGGCUUCACCCUUUUUGGCUGACUGCAGUGGAAGGUCUUUCCAUGCUGCUUUCAGAGUUUUUAUUUUUUUCUGUCUUUUAAAAUUUCCUUUGGGUUUAGGAAUACACAAGAACUUUGAACACUCUGUGUUGAGCGUUUGAUUUUAAACUCUUUUGUGUUGUCAAUCAGAUCUUCUCAUGGCUGUCUGCACAGGGGAAAACCUGAAAUCAGUUUUUUCUCCUUCAAACCAGGUUCCACAUUAAUACAGAAGUGUCUUGAUAUUCAGUUCAUUUGACCUUCCAGAUUCACAGUGGAUGCUGCCCAAUAAAUCAGUCUUGUUCUGUUGGAACCUGAGAGCCGCUGUGUUACUGUCGGCCUCGUAGCAUCUGGGUGAACAGUUGGGCUUUCAGGGGCACAGUCUGUGUGUGCGCUACUAUGUUACAAGUAGUUUAUAAAGAAUGACGAGACCUGUUAAUCCAACCUCGGUACAAAUUUCACUUUUAGAGUGUGAAUUUCUUUAUAAUGCUGAUGUGGGUAUUGAAACAAUUGUGUUCUGAAAGUGUUGCUGCUUCAGUUGGUGAGACAAAGUUUCUGUGAUUUGAAUGCGUUAUUGUUUAAAAUGUCACAAAAAAAUGUUACAACUAUUGGUGACACCGUGGACUGCAGGGCAUCACCCAGAGAAGGUGUUAGGCCCCAAAUUCCCCAACCUAGGCUCAGAGGGCUGCCAGGCUCAGAAUACACUGGUUUGAUUGUAAUGUAUUCAGGGAUGCCUGACUGCAAUAUGUGAUGGGUCGAAAGCAAGAAUGUUUAAAUCCAGAGCCAGCAGAUUCUCUUUUAAUUAUCACUAAAAAUCUCUUUAGAAACAUUUUAUUUUUAUUGUAUCUGUGGAUGAUUAGACCACAUGUUCUUCCAUUAAGCUGAAAAGUGUUUUAUUUUUGCUGUCAUACUGUUUAAUAUGUUGUUGAGGACAAGCAUAUAAAACCUAAUCAUUUGUUCCUAACAUGUCUGUGUGUGGAAUACAUGAAUGCACAGUGGCUUCAGAGUGUAGUGCCCUUCACUUUUUGUUUUUUCCCAUCAAUAUACACUCAAUAAACCACAAUGACAAAGUGAAAA